AUGCCCCAUCUAUCGGUCGAAAAGUCGUUCGCCUCCUAUAUCGACGCGAAGCGCCCGUUCGCGUGCAGCGCGUGUUAUUUGACUUUUAAAUACGAGGAGGAGCUCCGCUUUCACUUCCGCCGCCAGCACACUGACGCUUUCUACCGACGCCGUGUCUACAACGACUCGAAAUACGAGGGCGCCUUCGAUUUUUACAAUAAGCAGAAGCCAGUGCCGGUGGAAAAGGCCCCGGCCUCCCCAACGAACGUGCGCGACGUUUUCGAGUGGCUCGGCCAGGGCCCCAUCCUCAAGCAGCUGCACUCACCGAAGGUGGAAUACAAGAAAAAGCUGCUGACCCGCGGAGGUGGCAUGUUACGCGACCGGACGGCCGCCUUUGACAUGGAGUGCGACCCGGCGGAAGAGGUCGAAAAAAUGCUGCCCGAAAUAUCAGAGUUGGAGCCGAUCGACGUCUCGCAUCUUCCGAGGAUUUCAACCGGCGCGAAAUGUCCAGAAUGCGCAUUCAUUGGCUUGGAUGGAGAGCACACGCGUGUCCAUUACGCCAGGGAGCACAAGCAGGGCAACGCGCUUACAAAUGGCGUCCCAUGGUUCAGCAUCUGCGCCGAGUGCGAGAAGCCCUUCUCGGAUUUUGACAGCCUGCGAACGCACGUUGCCGACGCCCACGCAGCUGAUGAGGAGUGCUACAAGUGCCCGACGUGCUGCGUCUCGUUCCAGAAGGCCGGCCUUUUCCGGAAUCACAUGGCCAGAUACCACCCGGCACUUGCUGAGCUCAUGGAA